CUUAGCUAACAUAGAUGUCUUUCUUCUUAGAUUUAAGACCUAUGAACAGGUCAGCAACACAUGUUGUGACUGAAUUUGUUCUCCUCGGAUUCCCUGGUUGUUGGGAGAUACAGAUUUUCCUCUUCUCACUACUUCUGGUGGUUUAUAUUUUGACCUUGCUGGGUAAUGGAACCAUUGUCUGUGCAGUGAAAUGGGACCCACGGCUGCACACUCCCAUGUACUUUCUGCUGGGAAAUUUUGCUUUUCUCGAGAUCUGGUAUGUCUCCUCCACUGUUCCGAAUAUGCUAGUCAACAUUCUCUCUAAGACCAAAACCAUCUCGUUCUCUGGCUGCUUCCUCCAGUUCUACUUCUUCUUUUCCCUGGGCACAACUGAGUGCCUCUUUCUGGCGGUGAUGGCUUAUGAUCGGUACUUAGCUAUCUGCCGUCCAUUACACUACCCAACCAUCAUGACUGGGAGACUGUGUAGAAUGCUAGUGUCUGUUUGCUGGCUCAUUGGAUUCCUUGGCUACCCGAUCCCCAUUUUCUUUAUCUCCCAACUGCCUUUCUGUGGUCCCAAUAUCAUUGAUCACUUCCUUUGUGAUAUGGACCCAUUGAUGGCUCUGUCCUGUGCUCCAUCUCCCAUUACUGAAUUUAUUUUCUAUAUGCAGAGCUCCCUUGUCCUCUUUUUCACUGUGAUGUACAUUCUUCGAUCCUACACCCUGUUGCUCAGAGCUGUUUUUAAAGUCCCUUCUGCAGCCAGUCGGAGAAAGGCCUUUUCCACCUGUGGUUCACAUUUAACUGUGGUGUCUCUUUUCUAUGGGACAGUCAUGGUGAUGUAUGUGAGUCCCACAUAUGGCAUCCCAACUUUGAUGCAGAAGAUCCUCACAUUAAUAUAUUCAGUAAUGACUCCUCUCUUUAAUCCCCUGAUCUAUAGCUUUCGUAAUAAAGACAUGAAACUUGCCCUGAAAAACGUUCUGUUUGGAAUGAGACUUAGUCAAAAUUCAUGAGCCUAGCAUGUUCCAUACUUUCAAGUUCUAAUGAAGAAUAAAGUGG